CUGUGUGAAAAAGGGAAGAUUCCAUACCGCCAUGAAGGCACCUUCAGCCUAUUUGUAUUCGCAGUUUUAUAACAAACCAUGGCUGCCCCGUUGGUCAGAUUUUUGUCAAAGUCCCUCAGACAGAUCUCUCGUCCAUCAUGGGGGGCAUGUCAGUCUGGAUUGAGGAGCAGGACUACCUCUGCCCCAGCAGUGGCUCCAAACCAGGCAGGUGGAGUGGUGGCCUUCCCUCCUCUACAGACAUAUUCAGAGGAGGAGAGCAUGAUGAGGGACGCAGUGAGGAAAUAUGCACAAGAGCGCAUCGCCCCAUUUGUGCCAAUGAUGGAUGAAAAUUCUACCAUGGAUGAAGAAGUCAUUAGAUCCCUGUUUGAGCAGGGGGUAUGUACACUGCAUCUUAAGAUAUUCCAAAAGAUUAAGGAAAAACAUGCCCACAGCAUGAUGCUUCUUCUGCCAUACUUCACUGUGGGUAGUUGGGAUCUUCUGGUUAUGUACAGUAUUGGAAGCUUCUGCCUCUCUGAAGCCGAAUCGGGGAGCGAUGCUUUUGCUCUGAAGACACGAGCGGAAAAACACAAGGACUAUUUCAUAAUCAAUGGAUCCAAGAUGUGGAUCAGCAACGCAGAGCAUGCAGGGGUUUUCCUAGUGAUGGCCAACGUAGAUCCCUCUGCUACCAGGUUUUUUGUUUUUCCUCUACAAAUCUUCCGUUGUCUGUUGCAGGUACCAGAGGCGAAUAUUUUAGGAGAGGUCAGUCAUGGAUACAAAUAUGCUAUUGGAAUGUUGAACGAAGGCAGGAUUGGAAUUGCUGCACAGAUGGUUGGGCUGGCGCAGGGUUGCUUUGACCAUACUAUUCCUUACACCAGACAGCGGGUGCAGUUUGGAAAGCGCAUCUUUGACUUUCAGGGCAUGCAGCAUCAAAUAGCUCAUGUAGCCACCCAGAUCGAAGCGGCGCGUCUGCUGACGUACAACGCCGCCCGUCUGAAAGAAGCCGGCAGACCUUUCAUCAAAGAGGCCUGCAUGGCCAAAUACUUCUCCUCUGAGGUUGCAACUCUAACUACGUCGAAAUGCAUCGAAUGGAUGGGAGGAGUCGGCUUCACCAAGGACUACCCCAUAGAGAAAUACUACAGAGACUGUAAAAUUGGAACCAUUUAUGAGGGUACAACAAAUAUCCAGCUGUCUACUAUGGCAAAGUUCAUUGAUAAGGAGUAUGACCGCUGAAACCAUCAAGCCACAAACUGAUCGAUUCCAUCUUGCUGUUGCACUCUGUAGUCUUGUCAUUUUUGCGAUGACUUCAUUAGAUUCAGCCCUGCAGAAUUGUGUUGUUGUAGAACUAUUCUAAUAGGGUUUUGUUGUAACGUUACAAAGUAGUUUAUAUAACUGAUGUCACGGAUUCUUUAAGGUUUAAAGUUGAGUUGUUGUUUUUGCAUUUUCUGCAUGACAUUUUCCCAAAUCAGUGCAGAAAGGAGCUUGGUCACUUUUAAGCCUUCACGGUAUCAUGUCUCUCCCACAUUUGUUGCAUAUGUUUAUGUCUAUUGAUCAGUUUUGCAAGCGUAUCAUCUCCAAGGGUUAGAAUAUGGGUUUGAAUGUUUUGAGUUUGAUCAAGUUAUUCUUCAAUGAUUCAGUGCCUUCAGAGAAUUUUGUCUUCAACGGUUGGACUGUGGUAGCUCAGUUGUUUGUUUCCAUACUAUAAGCUGACUGAUUUUACAUUAUAAUAAAAACUUUCAUAACAUGCUAAGAUAUGA